AUGAGCGAUGGACGAGACCUUUUGAUUGAGCCCCAUGUCCCUGAGGGCAAUUCAUUCUGCAAACCAGACAUCGUCAUGAGCACCGAGAAUUCAAUAACGGUGAUUGACGUGGCCGUAGCGGGAGAGGACAUAAUGGACCGAGUCUACGCUGGUAAAGACCGACGCUACUCAGCGGAGGAAUUCGAGGUGAACCUUCGGAGGAUCCUGACGAAACCAGCCAAUACUCCCGUGUCUCACAUACCAGCAGUCGUCUCAUCGCGCGGAACUAUUUCUUCCCGUAGCGAAAGUCUUCUACGAUCCCUUGGAUUAUCUACGUUCGACCUGUCAGGCUUAUGCUUGGCAGUGAUUCGAGGAUCUCUGAAGGCCUACGAUGUCUAUGCCCGUGGAGCUGGCGGUGUUGGGGAUAACCGACGCGAAGGAACCCGGAAACCAUAUGAAGCUGGUGUCGGUGACGAAAACUAGUGGAUAAACUGGCCCUGGAGAACACCAGAAUGACGUCCAAACAAUACUUAUCCUGCCCCAGGGAUGCCUAACAGACUGCUCUUCCAAAACCUUGUAGCAACAUGCUGGCUCUUUCUGGGGCAAGAUCUGCCCAUCGUGUAAUUUCAUUUUCAGCAUAAUAAAUAAUUACUAGCCAAAUGCCUCGUCAUCUAAUUAGUGACGCGCAUGAAUGGAUUAACGAGAUUCUUACUGUCCCUAUCUACUAUCUAGCGAAACCACGCCGCGGCCGCUAGCAAGAACGCCACCGCUCCGAACCACUCUUCUAUCCUCCUCCUAUUCUCGCACCUCCACCUAUAUCCUUGACGCUGAGGUUCGAUGCCAACGCGAUGUCCGCCAAGGCAACCCUCUCUCCCCUCUCCUCUUCAACUGCGCUCUCUCUGAAGCCCUCUCCUACUCCGACCGGCAGUUGGGCUUUGAUCUGGCUGGGGCGACGGUGGAUUCGAUUGCCUAUGCAGACGACCUCGUCCUAUUCGCUGAAUCACCUCACCGUUUGCAGCAGAGACUGGAUGGUCUGGCCAAUGGCCUCUCCCUUGCUGGUAUGGUCCUCAACUCGGCCAAGUGCGUGUCGUUCUACGUUUAA